CGCCGGGAAAACACCAACGGUUUUCCGCCGCGACAACACGUAACUUUCGGAAACCUUUGACUCAUACUUGCGUCUUCGAAUACGAGAGCCGUUUUAUUAGUGUGAAGUGACGAUACAUUGUGGGAUGUUUGUGAUUUUUGUGCGUUUUAAAGUUUGACAACGCUGACUUUGAAACUAAUUAGAGUCCAUCAAUCAAGCUCCACUCUACGAGGACAAUUGAGACGUACCGCGAACAUCUGUAGCACUUAACAUGUCCAACUAGACAAUUCAGUGUCCGACUAAGAAUGACAAUCUUCGAGUAAACUUCAGGGAAAAGAUAAAAAACAAUCUGUUACCAAUGAACGACCUAAAUUAUAACGCAGGAAUGAGUUCCUACCAAUUUGUGAAUUCCCUCGCAUCUUGCUACGGGAAUCAGGUCCCGGGACGUACGGGGACCCCUGUAGAGCAAUCUGGCCAUCCAGGGCUUCCUACGCCCGGCGCAGAUUACUACAAUCCAAACGCUACAGCGUCAUAUCCAAACACAUGUUAUUCUCCGCCUCAAGUCGGGCAUCAUUAUCCUCAACACCCUUACGCGACACCAGCAGCCGGGGCUCACAUGCAGCCUCAGGCUAUGAUCGAUUACACGCAACUACACCCACAAAGACUAGGCAGUGCAGCCAGUCAUAUGCAUCAACAUUCAAAUCCAAGCCCUGGUGCGCUGUCACCUAAUCUAAUGUCUACACCACCUAGCCAAGCUGCUAGUGCAAGUUGCAAAUUCGCUGACUCGACUUCCACGACUGGAGUUGCAUCCCCACAAGACCUCUCCACUUCGUCGGGCCCUGGACGAACGUCACCGGGCUUUGGGAGUGUUGGUCAGAAUUCAGGUGGAACGACUAGUACGAAACUAGGUCUUACUACACCCAUUGCUUCUCCAGUGGAACAUAAGGCGAAUAUAAACCAAAAUAUUUCAAGCCCCGCCUCAAGUACAUCCAGCAAUGAAAGCAACGAAGCUAAUAACUCGAGUUCAAGUAAUACGAAGAAUACAAAGUCUGCUUCCAAUACGCAGGCGAAUCCUCCGCAAAUUUAUCCAUGGAUGAAACGUGUUCAUCUAGGGCAAAGUACGGUAAAUGCAAAUGGUGAAACAAAACGUCAGAGGACUUCGUACACUCGGUAUCAGACGCUGGAACUCGAGAAGGAAUUCCACUUUAACAGAUAUCUGACGCGGAGAAGGCGGAUCGAGAUAGCGCACGCGCUGUGCCUCACCGAGCGCCAGAUCAAAAUCUGGUUCCAGAACCGGCGCAUGAAGUGGAAGAAGGAACAUAAGAUGGCGUCGAUGAAUAUCGUGCCUUACCAUAUGAAUCCGUAUGGUCAUCCCUACCAAUUCGAUCUUCACCCGAGCCAAUUCGCUCACUUGUCAGCAUAGGAUCAGUGGAAUUUUUCGAAUAGUGGAUAACUGAUUUAUUAAAAAAAAAUUAGUCGACCGUACAUCGGACGGAGUUGUGUGUAACAUCUUCAUAAGGAUAUGAGAUGUUACAGUAACUAGACUAGAUCAGUUAUUCGCUGUUCGAAAAAUUAUCAAUUAAAUAUAGACUAAUUUGUUGAAGUUGUUGUUGUGACAUUCAGUGACGUUUUAAAUAAAAGUGCUUCUGCUGUAAGACGCGCAAGAUAGAAUCCAGGAGACAGUCGAGACCAAACAGGACAAUCAACUACAUUCAAUCUUGAACUAUCUGUAUUUACAUAACUGGUAAAAAAAACAUACAUUUCUAUACAUUGAAUAAUAUGUAGCUACGUUUAUUGUUAAAUUAAAAUCAACAAAACUGUCAAAUUGUUGAUUUAGAAAGAAUUUUGCCUAGUCAUAAGCUAUAAUUUGAUCUGCAUACUAUUCCUAAAAUUGUAAGAUAAAAACGAAUAAUGAAUAUUAGUGUAAAUUGUGAUGGCUAGUUAGAUUUAAGCUAAGGCAUGUUUGUUAGAUUCGAACUUUAAAAAAUCAUCUAUAAAAAUAUUCAAGGAACAUUUAAUAUACAAAUUCUAUGUUUAUAAAUAAGCCGUCACCCCAAAAUAACAAAUUCGGAAAUGUACAGGGAUAAGAUAAAAUUUGGCGAAUACAAAAAUGUAAUAUUGAAUACGCAUGAUUUUUACUUAAAACAUUUCAUUACUCCAAAUAGCGAGGAGUAAAGUUAUUUUCUAGAUUAGCGAGGGCUUGUAAAAACGCUGUGAACUUAAAAACAGGAUAUAAGCUCAGUUAAUAUCUGUGAAUAGGUAGCUAUUUGAUCUUAAAUUGUAAAUAUUGAAACUGUCACUAGUAGGUAUCUGAAAAAGUUUAAUAUAUUCAUUAUAGUGUCAACUUUUUCGAUGAACUGUUUUAUGUUCCUGUUCUUAGUUGUAAAUAACAAAUAAUGCAAAUAUGAUAACAAAACCAUGUUUAAUAGCAUUAUUAUUUAGAUUAACUAUAAAUAGAAUUAAAUGUCCACCAACGAUACCAAUUUAAUAAUUCAUAUGACUAUUGCGUACUUUAAAAUCUUUAAUGUCGUAUUUGUAAAAUGUACUUAAAUUGUAGUUAGUGUGUAAAGAGUUUUAAUUUCUUCUUUAAAAUAUUCUAAUGUUACUUUAAUUAUUUUCUCAUCCACUUCCAUUCAACUUCGUACAUAUUUGCUUAGUUUUGUUACUUUUAUAUAAAUGUCGUGGUCAGCUGUGAUAUUUUGUUAAAUUUUAUUGAUAAGUGGAACAAACAUUUUUUGUUUCAUAUUUUACAUCAGUCGUUUAGCGUUCUUGAUUUUUUUUUUAUCCGGUUUCCUGAUCUGUUUAAUUUGUUGCUUUAUUUCUUGUUUGUAAAUAGUAGAUAUGUCACUUAGUGUAACCGAAUUUAUAAAAAUUCAAAUAUCUCAAAGCAAUCGUUGUUUCUCGCGUAAUCUUUUGUACACUGAAAAUUGUAUUGUGCAAUAGGAUGUGCCCUAAUUUUCGACAUUUCUCUAUUAUUUCCUAUUUUUGUAUAAUAUUAUUUAUUUACUUGCGUUAUUUCUUUAUAAUUAAUAAAUAUAAAUAUCUUUAUCGUUCAUUCCAAUUAAAAUGAGAGCUCUAGGGAAGUAUGCUACAUGAUCAUUUAAAUUAUUGUAUUGUAUGAAUAAAGUGUAUUAAAUUUGAAAAAUUGGUGAAGAUGAUAAAAUAAAUUAUGAAGAUAGA